UUACCGGGAAUACCUCCUUUUUUCCCCCUUUCUUGGUUUUCUGGAGAUCCAUCAGCCUGCUUGAUAUAUACAGAGAGUGUGUGUGAGGGGAGGGGGUGAUGAACGCUGCAUCCCUGCAUCAGGACCACCGCUUCUGAGUAUCAGCAUCUCUCCAUCAGCAUGUAGAGCACACUGAAGUGAGUGCUCCCUCUCAUACACAAGGGAUUCUUUUUCUGAGUAACAUCAUCUGUAUGAGGUCCGUCCGUCUCAUUCACUUCUUUGCUGUUGGGCUGCCGAUGAAGACCUCUGGCUAAUCUCUAACACAGAAACAUCAAUGAACAGAUUUCCAAGCCCAUCAUGUCCUUCAGAUCUGAACUAUUCAUGCUUAUGUUUAUUGAGCUAUAAACUCACAGAUCAGCUGCAGGAAAUAUCCCUCUCUGGAUGAUGAAUUGGAUGGAUAGAAUCUGGAUGUAACUAGAACAUUCAUUUCAUGUCGCCGGUGCUCUCUCUAACGUGCGUUACAAUGCCAGAAAGACUUGGGGAAAUGUUUGUGGAUGUCUGGACUCCAUUAAUCUUAUUAUGGAUUACUGUUCUUCCUCAUGUCUAUAUGGCUCCAAAGAAUGAUUCCCAUGUACUCUCAAAUGAUGCCACAAUGGAACUUAACAGAGUCAACGAUCAACAGAAAGUUUUAAACCGUUCCAAAAGAGGAUGGGUAUGGAAUCAGAUGUUCGUGCUAGAAGAGUUUUCUGGGCCUGAACCAAUCCUCGUUGGACGGCUUCACACAGACUUGGAUCCCGGGACCAGCAGAAUCAAGUACAUCCUUUCAGGAGAGGGAGCAGGGACCAUUUUUGUCAUCAAUGACAAGACGGGAGAUAUACACGCGAUGAAAAGGCUUGAUCGAGAGGAAAAGGCUGAAUACACGCUAACAGCUCAAGCCAUGGAUCGAGAUACGAACAAGCCUCUAGAACCUCCAUCCGAAUUCAUAAUUAAAGUCCAAGACAUCAAUGAUAACGCACCAGAGUUCGUCAACGGGCCGUAUCACGCUACUGUUCCCGAGAUGUCCGUCGUAGGUACCUUUGUCACUAAGGUAACGGCCACGGACGCGGACGAUCCAGUUUAUGGAAACAGUGCUAAACUGGUAUACAGCAUUUUGGAAGGGCAACCUUACUUUUCUGUGGAACCCCACACAGCUAUAAUAAAGACAGCGCUUCCUAACAUGGAUAGAGAGGCCAGAGAGGAAUACAUUGUGGUCAUCCAAGCCAAGGACAUGGGUGGACACAUGGGAGGACUCUCUGGAACUACAACAGUUACUGUUACGCUUACGGAUGUCAACGAUAACCCGCCAAAGUUUGCAAUGAGUCAGUAUCAGUUUGUAGUGCCAGAAGAUAUUGCUCUUGGAGACCCGGUUGGACGCGUGAAGGCAAACGACAGGGAUAUCGGAGACAACGCCAAAUCGUCUUUUGAUAUUAUCGAUGGCGAUGGAAAAGAUGUAUUCGAAAUCACUACUGACCCCCAAUCGCAGGAGGGGAUAAUCCGGCUACGGAAGCCUCUGGACUUCGAGAGCAAAAGAUCCUAUACUCUGAAGGUAGAAGCAGUCAAUAUCCACAUUGAUCCCCGUUUUAUAGGGGGGGUGCCCUUCAAGGAUACGGCGACGGUCAAGAUCACAGUGGAGGACGCGGACGAGCCGCCGGUCUUCUCCUCGCCUUCGUACCUCUUGGAAGUUCACGAAAACGCAGCCACCAACAGCGUUAUUGGUCAGGUGACUGCUCGUGAUCCCGAUGUGUCUUCUAGUCCCAUAAGGUUUUCAAUCGAUCGACAUACAGACCUCGAUCGGCAGUUCAACAUUAACGCAGAUGACGGCAAAAUCACGCUGGCAACAGCCCUCGAUAGGGAAACAAGCAUGUGGCAUAACAUUACAGUUGUCGCUACAGAGACCAGAAACCACAGUCAGAUUUCAAGAGUCCCUGUAGCCAUCAAAGUCCUUGAUGUGAACGACAACGCACCUGAAUUUGCUACAGAUUAUGAAGCCUUUUUGUGUGAAAAUGGAAAACCCGGACAGAUCAUUCAAACCGUCAGUGCCAUUGACAAGGAUGACCCAAGAAACGGACACUUUUUCUUUUACAGUCUUCUACCAGAAAUGGUCAAUAAUCCAAACUUCACGAUCAAAAACAAUGAAGAUAAUUCACUCAGCAUUCUGGCCAGACAUAAUGGUUUUAACAGACUCAAGCAAGAGGUUUAUCUGCUACCAAUCAUCAUAAGUGACAGCGGCAGCCCCCCAAUGAGCAGUACCAGCACUCUCACCAUUCGGGUCUGCGGCUGUAGUAGUGACGGAGUAGUUCAAUCUUGCAACGCAGAAGCUUAUGUGCUACCCAUUGGACUGAGUAUGGGAGCGCUAAUAGCCAUUUUGGCAUGCAUUGUUCUCCUUCUUGUAAUCGUGGUGCUCUUUGUGACUCUACGAAGACAUAAAAAUGAGCCCCUCAUAAUUAAGGACGACGAAGACGUCCGCGAAAACAUAAUUCGUUAUGACGAUGAAGGUGGUGGAGAAGAAGACACUGAAGCCUUUGAUAUUGCCACGUUACAGAAUCCCGAUGGGAUAAAUGGAUACUUACCUCGUAAAGAUAUCAAGCCUGAUUUUCAGUUUAUGCCCAGACAAGGACACACAUCAACUCCCAAUGGCGUCGAUGUGGAUGAAUUUAUUAAUGUGAGGCUCCAUGAGGCUGAUAACGAUCCCACCGCCCCACCCUAUGACUCUAUACAGAUUUAUGGGUAUGAAGGAAGAGGAUCGGUGGCUGGCUCCCUUAGCUCUUUGGAGUCUUCGACUUCAGACUCAGAUCAAAAUUUUGACUACCUCAGUGAUUGGGGUCCUCGUUUUAAAAGACUUGGAGAACUUUACUCAGUUGGAGAGAGCGACAGAGAAACUUGACAAUGACCGAUACUUUUGCAUUCCAGACUCAACAAUUCUGUAAUAUUUUAGGGCCAUUGUUAGUAACAGCUAAUGGCGGCCAACUUGUUUUAGAGACAACUUAGCACCAGUCAUCUAUAAAACCAACUACAUUGUAAUGUUGAACCAAAAAAAAUGUGUACGUUAGGGGGUCAGUCUUGUGGAGUUUCCAGUAAAGUUUGUGAAGUAUCUAGAAGUCAUUGGAUGUUCAGUAUUCACUUGGACCACCACGGAGUUUGGAAAUUUGGCAUCUGAGAUGUCUCGAAAAACCAGAGCAAAUAAAUAUAUUUUGUGAAAAACAGGAUUUAAAAGAUUGUUGCUCUGGUAUAAUGUCUUCUACAAACAAAAGUCUACUGCAAGGUUUUGAAAAGGAAUCAACCACUUAUUAUUAAAGCAAUACCUGGUCUUCUAAUGAAUUUUGAUAAUGUUCCCAACUGGCUUCCAUUGUGCAACGACUGUACAUUGUGCAUAACUGGUGGACCCAGAGUCACCAACUGAAAAUCAUUUUUACAUGUUGUUGAGCCUUAAAAUAUUCACAUGUUCAUCUCGGAAAAUAAGACUGAAUGUCCUACAUUUUUGUACAGAUCAAGAAACAAAAAUGCCCACAAGAAAUGGAAAAAAAAAUCAUUCUAUUCUUAAAAUUUAUCUUCAAAUUUGAAUUCUAAAAAUACAUAUAUUUUACAAAAGAAAA